AAUUCUUGUUGAAAACAUGAAGAAACAAAUAGAUGACAUGCAAACUAGAGUUACCGAGGCAUUAGCCAAGCUAAACAAAGAUACAGCCACAUGGAAAGGUGAAAUAGGAACGCUGCAAGAGAACAGUAAGACAAACCUGGCUACACUGCAGGAGAAAGCAAAGACUAACCUUGACAAAAAUAUAGAGGCAGUGAAGGACCUCAAAGAUAGAUUUGUAACACCAAAUAUUGCCUUUUAUGCUAAGAAAAUGAAAAAUAACAGUCCCGCAGAUGGCAAUACCAUUGUUUUCACCGACAUUGCCCUUAACCUUGGCGAGAGUUACAAUACUGACACUGGAAUAUUUAUUGCUCCACUUGGAGGCAUUUACCUGUUUACUGUUCAGUUGUGCACUCUGAAUGACUUAAGAAUUUACAUUGGAUUGGUCGUUGAUGAUGUUUAUAUGGAUACAGCAUGGUAUGAGGACAACGAUCACACUGUUUGUUGCUUUAAGUUAACUACAACAGUCUCAGUAAAGUCAGGAAACAAAGUUUGGGUUAAGGUUAUAGGCCGCACGGGGAGCGGUCAAAUUUUAUUUCACAGUGACUCACACUAUUGGACAUCAUUCUCCGGAGUUCUUAUCAAUAAAGAUUAGUUCAGUAUCUUCAAAUUUACAUAACUAUGCAAACCAAUAGAUACAUGAUUGACUUAAUUACAUUUGAACGUUUGGAUUGUACGGAUUAAAGUGUUGUAAUUUGAUUCUAUUUUUCUCUAUUUUGUUUUCUUUGGAUAACAAUACUUCUUUUUAUUUAAAACUAGUGAAAAAUGUAACAGACCCAUUUUCUAAAAAAACAAAUUAAUUAUGUUUCAUUGGUUAGUUUCAUUAAGAGCGAAAUAAAGUUUGUUUCCAAAAAUUCGACUUAGAUUUUCGCUAAUUGGAAGAAAAGACAUAUAAAUUCUUCGGAAUAUAAGUGAUGAUUAAAUAUUUUUAUUUACAAAUGUAGUAAGUUCAUCGUGGCAUUUCAAAAGGUGUUUUGUUUUGUACCGUCAUUGCUUACUUUUAGAUAAUCACAAGUCAAUUUUACAAAAUGAAUAUACAAAUAUCCUCUCCGAAGGUCACGAAUUGUUGACGUUUAAAUCUAUAAAAUGCAUUUUCUCCCAUAUAUAGGUAUCCGAAAUGAAAGUUUGUUAUGUUUACACUCAAGCCAGUUAAAGUUGUUUUGAACUGUUGUCAGAAUCAAAUUGUAAAAGUGUGGCUGUCGACGUUAGUAAACUUCGUAAAACCCAUUUUGUCCGUUGUAAUGGUAAUGCCAGUCACAAUAGUUCUGCAGCAUUAUUGCCCUAAAAUAGAAAAAAAAGACACAACACCAAGGCAAAUGGAAAGGCUUGGUGGAUAAUUGUCCGCGUAUGGUCAGUGCAGCUUCGGAUCCUCAAGGACUGGAUCAGAAGGGAAUUUGCAGAAGCUUGACCGGUGUAUAUAUUAAGUCUACAGAGCAUGCGCGAAUAAAUUUGGAGGAGGAGCCAGAUAAACAGGUCAUUGCAAGAAUACUAUGACAUAUAAAAUAGCAAUCAUGGCAAUAAAUAGU